AUGAGUGGUUCCUCGGUUACUCCCCCUUUUACUCUGCCUCCAGGUCCCACUGAACAAGACUUUUCUAUUCCACAACGAAUCUUGAACAAUGCCAAAGAGCUGAGCCACCAUGAAGGUCUUCGGCCUCUGGAUGCGCGUGUUGGUGCCGUAAUGCAGUUCGGCAAUUGCAUCAUAAUCUCACCGAAUGCAGAUUAUGUCCCGCAAUUUCCAUUCAUCGACGAUGGGAAAGUCGUGCCUAUGACUCAGAUUCCGGGACGCCAAUUGGCUCUUUACGCUCGGAACUGA